AUGCCUGUCAACAAAAAACAGCGAAUUCGUGGUAUACGAAUUUUAUUAACUGUUUUCUAUGGAUUUCUCCUAUCAAGUAUUCUAUCUUGUUAUGUUAUACAUGGAAUUAUUGAUACAAUUCAAGGACCAGUAAAUUCAUUUGCUAUUAUUAUGAUUGUUCUCGGUAUUCUUAUUCUUAUUACGAUUCCUUUCACAGUCAAUGCUAUAUGGUGUGACAAUACAACAAUCAUGAUGGUGUCGAGUAUUGUUCUCGGGUGUAUAUUUGCUUUAACACUUAUUCGUAUUGUUAAAACGCCAUUUCAUCAUGCUAUUACUGCGACAACAGUUUUAAGUAUCGUGACGAAUGUCAAUGACUCAUCCAACGCGGUUCAUAAAAGAACAGGAAACAGAGUUUCAAGCACAUCGAAUACUUAUACUAUUAUUGAAGAUGGUACGGAAUUAAUAAUUCAAUUAGUUGUAAUUCUUUUUGCUAUUAUUGGCAUAUUUAUUCUAUUUCGUUAUGUUAAAGUAAAAUAUGCUUCUGUACCAAUAACUAAAUCAGCAACAUCAUCAAGAUAUCAAUAA